CGACUAUGUUGUAGCUGAUGUUAACUUGUUAUGUGUUUCUUGUUAUUUAUUAGGACGAGCACAGCUGUUGCUCCAGUGGCUGGUUCUCCAAAGUUGCCAUCUGAAAUAACUGGCAAAACUGUUGAGGAGAUUAUCAAGGAGUGGAAUACUGAGCUACAAGAGCGUACAGGGAGAUUCCGGAAACAGGCAAAUGCAAUAGCAGAGUGGGAUAAGCGGAUCUUGCAGAACCGUGAUGUUCUUUUGAGGCUUGAGAUUGAAGUUGCAAAAGUGGUUGAAACCCAAUCUAGCCUGGAACGACAGCUGGAAUUAAUCGAGACUCAUCAGCAAGAGGUUGACAAGGCUUUGCAAAGCAUGGAGGAAGAGGCUGAGCGUAUAUAUAAUGACGAGCGGAAAUCACUUCUUGACGAUGAAGCAGCAUCAACUAGAGAUGCAAUGUAUGAACAGUCUGAGCUAGUAGAAAGAGAAUUGGAGCAUAUGACUGAACAAAUCAGAUCGAUUAUACAAUCCGUAAAUGCAAACCAGGGUGGAGAACUUGAAGCAAUAGAUGGCAUGAGUCCACUGGACGUUGUUGUCAGAAUCCUGAACAAUCAACUUAGCUCCUUAAUGUGGAUUGAUGAGAAAGCAGAGGAAUUCUCUUCUCGGAUUCAAAAAAUCGCAUCGCAAGGUUCUGGUGGAGAUCGUGAAUUGAUGGCUCCAAAGCACUGGAUGUCUUGAUAGGAAUUACAAAAACACAUCAUCAGCUCAGGAAAUGAAUUAUCUUCUUGUAGUUUCGUGUUAUUUCUAGAUGUAUGAUUUUACAAUUGCACAUGAUGAAUUUUUUACCAUAAAGAUUUGUAUCAUUU